AUGGCCAGCAAAGACCGCAUCACCUGCCACGUCCUCGACACCACCGCCGGCCGCCCCGCAAAGGGCCUCCGCGUCCGCCUCGAGGGUCCCGCCCCCGUCUCCUCCUCCUCCUCCUCCGCAACAGCAGCAGCAGGACAACACCCCUCCAGCCACAACGCCCACAACGCCCUCAAGACCUUUGAGUCCCUCACAAACGACGACGGCCGCGUCACCGUCUGGCUGCCCUACAGCUCCGAGACGUCCGCCGGAGAGGUGCCCCUCUACACCCUCGAGGACGUGCUCGGCGCCGUCCAGGGGCCCUCGCGCUGGACGCUGCGCUUCGACACCGCCGGCUACUUUGGCGACGAGGCCACCUUCUUCCCGGAGGCGACGGUCGUCUUCCGGGUUGAUCAGGGGCAGCAUUAUCACGUUCCGCUGCUGUUGAGUCCGUACAGCUACACCACCUACCGCGGCAGCUAG